AAAACAUAAUGCCCCCCUCCCAGCUGAAGAGGUUAAAAUUCUCCCUUCGAGAGCAAGGAAUUAUAGGGCCUCAACAGUCAAAGAAGCAGAAGAAACAGAAUUCUCAGAAUGGUGCUAAGAAGGAGAAGAAAGUGCACAGAAAUGUGGCACUGAAUGGCAUUCGAGAGCAAUUCAACCCAUUCGACUUCCAAUCGCUAGUCAAGAAGCCCAAAUUUGAGGUUACAACGGAGCAUGGAAUCAAAGGUGGUGUGAGAAGGCCUGGGCUUGCAAAAAGUCGGGAAGAAGAAGCACGUCGAGAGGCAUAUAUCGAAGAACAGCAACGGCGGCGCAAAGUCGGAGGCAUUCUAGACAAGCGGUUCGGCGAAAAUGAUCCCAGUCUGGCACCAGAAGACAAGAUGCUGGAGCGGUUUACACACGAGAAACAAUUGCGACAUAAGAAUAGCUCUGCAUUUGAUCUGGAGGAUGACGAGGAACCCGGAGAGCUUACUCAUAUGGGAAAAUCGCUAUCGCUGGACGAUCCAGCUCUUGUGGACGACUUUGACGAAGAGGACUUGGAGCUGUCGGAUGCGGACGACCACCCUUCAGACGAAGAAGGGGCACGGAAACGACGACGCUCUGAUCUCGAAGGCUCUGAGAAUGAUGAGGAAGAUGAAGAAGACCGACCAGAGCGGAAAAAGUCAAAGCAAGAGGUCAUGAAGGAAGUCAUGGCGAAAUCCAAGCUUUAUAAGUACGAGAGGCAAGCUGCAAAAGACGAGGAUGAGGAUCAACGAGAAGAAUUGGAUAAAGAACUGUCAAACAUACAUGAUCUUUUACGUGGCAUCACCCGGAAACCUGCACCAGCUCCGGUGGUCGACCUAGGCGGCAUGAAUCCAGAGCGCGCGGCUCUCUUGACUGGCCUGGACAAGGUCAAAUUUGACAAAGAAUAUGACAUGCGUCUGAAGCAGUUAGCUCAGGACCAAAGAGCGAAACCUACCGAGAAGUCGAAGCCUGAAGAACAAGUGAUUGAGGAGCGGGCCCGGAAACUGCAAGAACUGGAAACCAAACGACUUCGUCGAAUGCAAGGAGAGGAGGAAGAUAGCGAGGAAGAAGAUGCGAAGGCCAAUAAGAAUGCCCCCAAGGACGACUAUGAGGAAGAGGAGGAAGAUUUUGGCUUUGGUGCCGGUAUCAAGACAAAGUCCACGAUGGCCGAGCUUGGCGUUGAAGACGAAGACGAUUUCUUGAUCGACGAUGACUUAGUAGCAAGCGGUUCAGAUUUAGAAGAGGACGAUUCUGAUAGCGUCUCCGACGCAGAAGGAGAGCAAGAACUUGAGGAUGACGAAGAGGAUGACUUUGUCAAAGGCAUUCUGACAGAAGAAGAGGCUAAAAGACCUGAAUUUCUGACAGGUGCAAAUGCUCCCCUGCCUGAAGUAGAACUUCCCGCUGAGAACGGGGUUAAUGGAAACUUAGCAUAUAAGUUUUCAUGUCCACAAUCACACGAGGAGUUGCUUGAGGUAACUAGAGGCAUUAAUAUUCUGGAUUUCCCAACUGUUAUUCAGCGGAUCAGAGCACUCUACCACCCGAAACUCAAUGCCGAGAACAAGAAAAAGCUUGAGAAUUUUUCUGUGGCUCUUGUCGACCACAUUUCAUACCUUGCAAACCAAGAUCAACGGCCACCUUUUGCAGUGUUGGAGACUGUCAUCCGUCACAUUCAUUCCCUGGCUAGAACAUAUCCUGUUGGAAUUAGCAAUGCUUUCCGUCGACAUCUGAAGGAUUUAGAUUCGUCGCGGGCAAUGUCUCCAACUCCGGGAGAUCUAGUCAUCCUCACAGCGAUUGGCACUGUUUUCCCGACCUCUGAUCACUUCCAUCAAGUUGUCACUCCAGCGAUAUUGAGUAUGGGAAGAUUUCUUGGACUGAAGAUUCCCCAAAAUUUGUCUGACUUAGCAACUGGGGCAUAUCUAUGCACAAUCUGCAUACAGUAUCAGAAGUUAUCGAAACGAUAUGUUCCUGAGGUGAUGAACUUCAUCGAGAACAGCCUAUGCGUCCUGGCUCCAAAGAAGUUUGCAAAACUCCCUGGAAACUUUCCUUAUCAUGAACCGAAAGCUUCAUUGAGAAUUGAGAGUGCACCAGACACUAGUCGCAGGUUGCAGAUUUACGACUGCAUAGCUCAAGAUCUCUCGGAGGAAGAACAAGAGGUGCUCAAAAGUGCGCUACUGGACAUCAACCUAGGGCUCCUCGACGCUGCAGCCAGUACCUGGACCCAAAAGUCAGCGUUCACGGAAGUGUUCGGACCAGCAUUGAGGAUAGUCCAGCAUCUCUCAGGCAAAAACAGUCGUCCCAAGCUGUCAACCGAUACCCAAAAAUCUCUCACUAAGCUCACUCAAAAACUCACCCUACUCCUCACCCAAGCACAUCUCUCCCGCCGACCCCUGGAGCUCCAUCACCACCGACCUCUCGCAAUCAAGACCUUCAUCCCCAAGUUCGAAGAAUCGUUCAACCCAGAACGCCACUACGAUCCAGACAAGACUCGCACAGAGACUGCGAAGUUGAAGAAGGAGCAUAAGCGAGAACGAAAGGGGGCGAUCAGAGAGUUGAGAAAGGAUGCGAAUAUCAUGGCUAUCCAGAGUUUGAAGGAGAAGAAGGAGAGGGAUGCGGCCUAUGAGAAGAAGUAUAAGAGGCUUGUGGCUGAGAUUCAGGGCGAGGAGGGUAAGGAAGCAAAGGCUUAUGAGAGGGAGAAAGAGUGGAGGAAGAAGGGGAGGAAAUGAGUAUGAUUAUGUAGGGAAUGUGAGAUGUGGAAUUACUACAUCACAUACGUGAAUCAAUGUCAAG